UAUUCUGCCUGUAAAUUUGUUUUUGCUUUGACUCUUUUGUGUCUACCCUCUAGUCUUUUUUUUUAUUUAAAAAAAAACACUGAUCCUUUCCAAUCUAUAAAUCAGACAGAGCCACCCCGUCUUGGCCCUUCUUUCUUUCCUCUGUAGCCUAGUAUUAACCACCCUCUCUCUUUCUCUUAGACGUUUUCUCUUGCUCAUGUUCUUUCCAUUUCUGUUUAUAAUAUAGCUAAGCUACGCCACUUUACCCGGUUGAGACAGUCUUUCCUUCCUUAAGCUGGAAUUGUACAGUUAAGCAGCCAAAGGGGUUGAUAAAACCACCAAUAUUUCAGAUUUGGUCUUCCCAAAAAACUCUUUUUUGGGGACUUUUGUUCUGAGGGUAAAAAGGCAAAAAAAAAAAAAGUGAAGAUGAAUCACUGUGCGAUCCAACAAAAUGCCUUCUCAAACUGGGAAGAAAGUCGGAACCCCGUCACAAUUCCAAUCUCGGAGCGGAGAGACCCGGUGGUUUGUCCCAAACCCAGACGCCUUGGUCAGUUGAACGACCACCCUGCGAGGUCUCUCAGAUUUCAGCUCAGCCAUCAAUCAGAGCUUUGUGAUUCAAUAGCAGGGACUGAUUUUUUGGAAAUCAUCCUCACAAAGGGUUGUUAUGGUAUGGAUAAUCAAUCUUUUUGCACACAAGUAUCCUCUUCGCCGCCCCCUUUUUUUUGUGGGUCGCCGCCGAGCAGAGUAGCUAACCCAUUAAUUCAAGAUGCUAGAUUUGGGAAUGAGAAAUUCUCCCCCUUUUCACCUGUCACGCCUAUUCCACCGCAGAUGGACUUAUCAUCAUCCUCAUCAUCUCCAAGGAAAGGAGGAUUGGUUCGAUCAAGUUUUGGAAACAAACCAGUGGUGAGAAUUGAGGGCUUUGACUGUCUUGACAGGGAUUGUAGAAAUUGCAGCGUUCCUGCUUUGGCAUAAGAACCCCGUUUUCCCUCGAAAUACGAAGUUCAAAAAAGGAAGCUAAAACAGAUCAUUUUGGUACGUAUUUCUGAGAGGGACUUUGGGAUUCUCAUGAAAGGCAAACUGAGGUAUCUUUUGCGAGUGUAAAUAAUGUUUAAAGGGUUUUUUUUGUAUGUCAAAAACAUGAUGCAUCUUUGUAAGUAAAAUGAGCUGACAAGAAUAAUGAGGGGUUUUUUUAGACUUUACUGCUUAGGAAGGAGGUCAUGGGUCGAUUGUUAUCUGUCCUCUGUAUUGCUGUAAGAAACGAGUCUCAAAGCGAGAAUCGGCUUUUUUUUCCUUUCCUUUUACAUCCUUGUAUUUCAAUGAGCGGAUUAUGCAGGGCAAUUUGUACAAAAUCGAGUUGUGCAGAGUAUAUUACAAGAUGGUAAAUUUGCAAAUUACAAUGUAAAUACACCUUCGCUUUGAUUCUGCGU